GGCGUGGUCCCUUGUAUUGCUAGCUCCAGCAUGAACAGAUUCCACUCAUUUCAGAUUCUCAAGAGGUUUUCUAGGCCUCUCUGGUCUGCAAACUGGUCAGUCUCUCGUUGUAGCUCUUCCUCUUCGCCUAACAAUGAGAAGCUGCUAUCAAUGAGUGAUAUACCUGGUCCUAGAGGCCUACCAAUCUUGGGCUCCACGAUAGACUACCUGAGGGCACUGGAUAAAAGCUACUUACUAUUAUUCGAGCGAGUCAAGAAAUAUGGUGGCAUAUACAAAGAGAAAAUGCUUGCUGGGAUGCCUUAUUCCGUUAUAGUGACUGAUACUAGUGAUAUAGAGACUGUGUUUAGAGCUGAUGGCAAAUACCCAAUCAGACCUGAUACACCAAUGUCCCUUGAUAUGAGAGAUGCCCUUAAGAUACCGUAUGGACUAUUGCUUAGUUCUAAUGAGGAGUGGUAUAGACAGCGUCAAUCCAUCUCACCAUUCAUGAUGGUUCCUCGUAAAGUUGCUGAGCAGCAUAUCGGGUUUAAUGAUAUUAGUGAUGACCUUGUGAGUGCAAUCAGGAAAGUGAGAUCAAGUGAUGCUUCUGUCAUUUCUGAUGUGCCCAGCCUCCUCUUCAAGUGGUCUUUUGAAUCUGUCUCUUAUACUACUUUGGGCAAAAAGCUAGGAUCAUUGAAUAUUGAUAAUGUUCCCAAGAAAUGCCAAGACAUGAUCGAUAACACUCAAUUGCUUUUUCAAAAAACACUGGAGGCCAUGUUUACCCCACCACUCUACAAGAUAUACCCUACUAAAUUAUGGAAGGAUUUACUGCGCAGCCAAAAACAAGUGUAUGAUAUAUCAAUGAGUUUUGUUGAAGAGAGAGUAAAAGAGAUUGAGUCACAGAGCCAGCAAGUCAAUGAAAGUGAUGAAGCACCAGAGAAGAUGGAUUUCCUAACGUACAUGCUCCUCUCUAACAAACUCACCAAAGAAGAGAUAACUAGUAAUGCUGUUGAUCUGAUGUUUGCUGGAAUCGACACUACUUCCUAUACAUUGACUUGGACUCUUCAUAAUCUAGCAACUAACAUUGAUAUACAGGAAAGAGUUAGGGAGGAGUUGCAUAGUGUAAUGGGAUCAGAUAACCUAGUGACACCUGAGCACAUACAAAAAAUGACUAUAUUGAGAAACUGUGUCAAAGAAUCAUUGAGAUUGUAUCCAACUGUCCCAAUGAAUAUUAGAGCUUUGCAGCAAGAUGUGGUACUAUCUGGGUAUAGUGUACCGGCUGGAACACAAGUACUGAUUCCAAUUAUUGUCAUUGCACGAAUGGAGAAGUAUUUCCCUAACCAGCCCAACUCGUUCAUUCCUGAUAGAUGGAAUCGUGAGGGAGAAUAUCCUAAGAAUCCAUUUGCUUUCCUACCCUUUGGAUUUGGAGCCAGAAUGUGUAUUGGACGAAGAGUUGCUGAGUUGGAGCUGCACAUUGCAAUUGCUAAAAUAUUAAAGAACUUCAAUGUAUCUUAUGCAACUGGACCUGAUACUAAAAUGGACUUUGUCAUGAAAUUAGUUAUAGUCCCUGAGAAACAGUUGGAUUUGGUAUUUUCAGAUAUUUAAUACUUGAUAUUCUAAUAUGUACUACGUAUUUUAUUUCAGUGAUUUUGUCACACACAUUGAAUUAUUGUUAUUGUUCUAAAAUAGUCAUUUUAUUAGCAA